UAUUCUAUUUUCAGUUCGCGGUUGGAGCUACAAACUGUGAUUAGGAAAGAAGUGUAUUGCCAUCUUGGUUUUUCAGUUUUUCACCUCGUCAAAAAUGGAGUUUAAAUUCUCUAACUUUGGAUUAUCCAGCAUGUUAUUCAUUGUGGUAUUAGCCCAGCUCCUAUUCGUAGCAGCAGAGCCUGUUGAAUACACGGGCCAGAAUGUGGUGAUGGAAGGCGAGGGUUUCUCCAUCUCGUGUAAGCUGACUCAGUUUGACGCUCUAAAAUGGCUCAAAGACAACCAACAAAUUGACGAGCUGCAGCAUACUAUCGCCGAUUCAAGAAACCAGUAUGUCUUUGAGGACCGUGAAGAAAACGGCCUGAUCGUUGCAACUAUUUCAGUCAAAUCAGCGCUGUCCAAUCACUCGGGCACUUACCGCUGCUCAUCCCUGUCAAACGAGUCGCAUAACCUUUUCGUCCUUGGUGAUAAUGAAGUAAAAGGAGAAAAGAAAAUGCUGACUUUCAAGCAGGGGACCAACGUAGAACUUGACUGCUCUAAGGACCCUAUCGCCAAUGGAGUCUAUGUUUGGAAAAAAGAUGAGCAGACAUUGUCUAACAAUGAGAAAAUCCGCAUCGAGAUGGGGAAACUGUUCAUCACGAAGGGCACCGAUGAUCAAGCUGGAAACUACACCUGUAAUAUCAAGCAAGACAACAAGACUGUUUACACCAGGGAAUUUGAAGUUACAACUGAGCCCUAUGCCAAACUCCACAAAUAUGUCAAUGUUGUCGAGGAAGAGAAACUAAAAAUUGAAUGCACCGUGUACGGAAAACCCACGCCUCAUGUCCAAUGGAAAGUCAAUGACACAUUGUACCCUGCAUCCUCUGGCCGUGUGAACCUGUUGGAAGACACAGAGCGAAAAGUGCCCAAUGCUGUACUCAUUUUGGACUCGGCUGUCAGAGGCGACAAAGGCCAAUAUUCAUGCAUCGCAAUCAACCCUAAGAACCAGCUGAAUAUGACCGCAGAUAUCACCGUCUAUGUUAAAGGUAAAUUUGAUGCAUUGUGGCCAUUCUUGGGCAUCGUAGCUGAAGUGGUUAUACUGUGUGCUAUCAUUCUGAUUUACGAAAAGAAACGCAACAACAAUGCUGAGUUGGAAGAAAGUGACACCGACCAAAGCCCAGACCAAAAAAACACGCCUGAUCACGGAAAGGACUCAGUGAGGCACAGAAAGUAAUUUCGCAGCCACUUUUGACAAAUUUUCUCUUCAUCCUAUCAUCAUGCUUUUUGACUCAUUUUUUUUCAAUUAAAAGACGGGCUGCAAAGGACUCAUUUCCUCUCUCCUCUAAAACUUCUGGAGACCUAUAGUUAGCCAGAAACUUGCGUUUUCUACACAUCCCAUGGACGAUUUUUCACUUACGCCAUCCCUUCCGCGAUCUUCACCCUCAGUCACUUGUUACUUGUUUUUGGUUUAUUGUGUGUGUCCUCUUGUGCUAGCGCCGCUAAGUUGUUACGUUUCGUUGUUGACAUUAGUUUGUGCACUUAAAAAUUUAUUUUCUAAGCGUUGAAUUUUGUUGAGCUGAUCGCAAAUCGGUGAACAGUGCACAGGCAUGGCAGUCAGUAUCCUUCACCUCAAUAUUAAUCAAAGAAAUCAGUGAUACUCCUGUUUUUCUGUAAGCUUAUGAGAUUCAUGCAAAAUUCAUAUUUUACAAAUUUGUCCCGUAUUCACAUCUUUUAGUUAACCACUCAGAUUUCUUAAGCCUUAAAGUUUAGAUGGAGCAACUCUUAUUUGUCUACCUUUGGCCAUGGACCAAAGCUGUUAUUAAAGCUCUGCUGCAAAAUUCUAGAAAUAUUUGUAAAAGGAUAUUUUCCUCUAUAUCAGGAAACAGGCCCAACAAAUUGAAUGUGCGCUUACUCCUCCAACAUACAGCAUUGUGGUUAUAGACCAAUUAUUCUGAUUCCAAGAUAAGAUGGGUUACCAAGCCAAAAUGUAGCUGCAAAACAGUUUUGGAAAAGAUACUUUUCACUUGCGUUCCUCCUUCAUUCAUAAGUUUUCUGCCUGUGGCUCUUCACCAAUUUGUAGUUAGCUGUAAUAUGAUUCAGAGGCGAGUGAUGUUGAUCUGAUCUGAUCACAAUGACCGUUAAGUAUUCACCAGUCGUAGAAUCUAAGGAUUGUUAGGUAGAUUUUAAGGCAUAGCUCUAUUAUUAACUUACUUAGUAUCUAGCCAGGAUAUGUAAAGCGCAAAAAUUAGGUUAUUUCAUUACCACUGUUUGCCUGAAAUGAGUUUUUUGGAGGGGUAAGUCAGAGAAUUUACCCCUGUGAAGUGCAGCGGGUUCCUGUUUUCAACAGUUCCCAGUGAUGUAAAAUGGCCUCGACGCUUGCCAACUUUAGUCCUGCCUUUGACUCUUGACAGCUCUUCGGAGCCCUCACUCGAGUCUUUGCUUAGUCAAGUCUGAUAUUUUAUUUAAUUUUGUCUUUCUUUAAAGUCCCUUCAUUUAAAUCAGACCAAAUUGGUCCAGGCGUAGAGAUAUCAAAGUUUUCGCUCUGGUUGGGCUUUAUUGUUGUGCUAAAGAAAAACGCUGCAUGAACAUUCGUGUGUUGCCACAUUUUUCCUGAUAAAAUAUUUAUUUUUGAGGGAAGUCAUAAAUAUUUUCCUUGAAAUUUUCAGGAAUGUUAGAUCAAAUUGAAAGUGGAAUCCUGAAAAAAAUUCAGCAGAACAAAUCCAUAAGUUUUCCGGAAAAUUUGUCUUUUAUUUGUAUAAAUUUGGUAAUCUUCAAACGCUCAUAUGGCGUUUUUCCUUAGCUUUGCAGCACUACUUCCACUCUAAUAUUGGAUAACUUGUAUGCUUGCCUAGAAUUUUGCUAUUUGACACAAUUUUUAAGUUUACUUGACACAAACAUGAUAUUUGUUUGGUCAUCGAAUCAUUGAAUCGAGUUUUAUAACAUUGCAUCGUUGCCUUUUUUAUUUUAAUUUUUUCCAUUAAGAAGGUUUUCGUUUUCUUCACAUUUAAUUUUCUUGAAACUAUGCUGUGACGUUCUGAUGCAGGUUCCAUCCUCUAAAAUAAAAAUUAAGAUUUUUAGAUGGACCUCAUUGGGUUACUAAAUGAAAAUGGAAUAAGUAUGGCACUAGAACUUUUUAAUUCUAGUAACACAGCUGAGAGUUUUUUUCUUAUUUUUAAGAAAAGGUAUCCCAAGCAUUAGAGUAAGAAACUGGAAAUAGUAAGAACUUGUGAUGAAAAAAAAUUAAAAGUUAAUAAAUGAUGCAACCCACAUAGAUGUUGCUUCCACUGGAUAGAAUCACAAAAUUUCACUCCAACUCAGAACAGAUGGGAGAAGCUAAUCAGUUUCCGUCAUUUAAAGCGUGCGAGUUCUUUUCAAUCAUAUUAAACAUCUCAUUCUUUCCAUUAAUUUACACAAUUAAUCAUUUUUUGCUGACUUCGUUAUUGUUUUAGUAUCAUCACAAGACAAGACUUUUUUCCUGAAAAAAAAAAAAAAAAAAAUAGAAAUUUCAAAACUUGAAGGCACACCCUGCUGAAGCAUGCACCAAUCAGGAUUUAUAAGAACCCAGAUUAGUGCAAAGCCUCCACAAGGUUUUUCAAGACAAGAACCACCAAAGCUAGGCUAACUUAACGUAAUGGUUCUCUCCACAGUCUUCAAAUUAUCCAAGAUUUGAAAGUGCCUAUUAUAAGCUCAUACUUUAUCUAGUAUAAGUUCAUAGCAAUUGUUCUCUAGACUUGGCUUUGAAUGGUUAUCCUCAUCAAGUCUAAGAUAAGCUUUACUCUUUUUCAUACGACAGUGUCUUGUAAAGUACUUUAGCUGCACUUGUGUAAAUAUCCCCAGCAUUGUUUAGUUGUAGUUACUAAAGUUAAGUUUUUAACCCAAAAAUUAAGCGUAAAUAUUUGAGUUUAAUUAGGAAUUACAUCAAUGCACACUUACUUUUCUAUGAAGGACGUAUGUUACCUGGUUUUAAUACAUUGAACUUUUCGACGGUCAUGGCACUUAAUCACUGCCCAUCAGAAUGUUUCGUCAUGAACAACAUUCAGAAAGUUGUUGUGCCAGCACCGAUUUGCAAAGAAAGUGAAACGAAGGUAUACUCUUUCCCUGUUCAAGCAUCAAAUAUCGACAAAGCGCUCAGUUGCGUUGGCAUUGAGCACUUUUUUUUAUUAUUCUACUUGCCGCCUCACUCAUGCCGUCAAAUCUGAUCUAAUUGGAAUUCGUUUUUCAAACUUAAUGCUAAGAUUAAAAUGGCACCAACACAACUGCGGGUGGUCUAGUGCAAGAGCAUAUCCUCGUUUCACUUUCUUUGAUGGAUGUGUAUUCUUUUUUUAAUUUUUUUUUCUCUCAAAGCAAUCCAAGAUGACUUACAAACAGUCAUAGAGCUUGUAGUUUCAUGUCAUCUUCUUGAAUUUCGAGGUUCCUUAAGCUAUGAACAAUUUACUGGUUCAUACUCAUCGUUAGCAGAAUUGGCAGGUCGAAUUUAAAUUAAAAUUUAUGGAUUGACACAAGAGUAAACCGCAGCCUAUUGUUUUGAAGUUGCUCAGGUAACAGAACUUAGCAUCUGUCCGCUCAUGUGUGAAUUCAUGCAUUUGAUCAGAAUUUAGCCUGGCAAUUUAGCUGCCGGCGAGUAUAGUUAUAGAACCUUUAGGUCAUAGAAGUCACAUUGAAUAAAAUAUGUAUUUAAACAGCGGGAAAGGGUGACAGCUUGAAUGUCAUUGAAUUGUUAAAUUUUUUGUACUUAAUGCCUCUGAAGAGGUUUCGUGCACUUAAUUAUUCUUGCAUUUACAUGACUAUUUUUAGCCGGAAAGCAUGUGUGCCUAAUUUGACUCAGUUCAUGGGCAUCAAAGUUAAAUUACAAGAGUCAUAAGGAUAAUUCCAUGUAGCCAUAGCUCAGGAACUAAAAAUGAUAAAUUAAAUCUGUAAACAGUUCAGGUUCUAUCUCUGAAAACUUGGAGUUUCCGGAAAGUUCUGGAUCUAAAAAAUCAGGGACUCGUUACAUAUUCUAUUUAUUAUUUUUAUUUCCUGAGAUGUGGACUACAUAAAUCCAAUUUUUCAAAUGGCCCUUGUAAUUAGUGUUCAUUUUGUUCAAAGAUAUUGUUGGCCCUUUUUCAGACAAUUGUGUCCUAUUUGCAGAUCGCACUUUAAUCAGCUGAGCACGGUACCUAUGGAAGGUACGGCGCCAUUGCAAGAAUUUGAAGGAGAGCUUUUCUGAAACUGGGUCAAUUAUUUGUCUCUCCAAAAUGAGCAUUGCAAAGUGCGAAGGUGCUUGGGGUCUUAUCUAAAGUAUAUAAGUCCCUUUCUAAAUGAUCAAAUUGUUUUUAAUUUUACACAAAUAUUGAAAAAUCUGUUGAUACCUUUUUCUCUUAGAGUUCAGAUUCAUUGUCAUCAUUUUAUCUCAGCAAAGGUCUAGCUGGCAGAUAAAAUUGGGAAUUCCCUUUGGAUUUCCUAACGUUCGAUUACGAGAUAUUCUCUUCGUAUAAAUAGUGUACUUUUAACAUUAUUCGUUCAAAAGUAAUUUUUCAAAAAAGCUUCUCAAGAAGUGUGAAAACAUUUAAUUACAUAAUUUAUCAUCUGUAAAUAUAUUCUUGUUACACUGUUGAAACAUCCAUGCUUGUAAUUUUUGAUUGUCAAAUUAUAAUAAAAAUUAAUUAUCUUAA